GAAGCUGGGCGAGUAUAAAAGCCUCCAGUGUGAGGAUGCUGACAGGAGAGGCAACUGCAUCAUGUCAGACUUCGAGCUGAACGCGCCAAAGUAGGCGGAUGCGGAUUAAUCAGCUCGUUCUUUUGUUUAUUCAGUAUCUCAGACAUUUCCGACUGGGAAACACAAACAAACAAAAGAUUCAAGCAAGAAAAAAAGAAGAAGAAAAGAAGAAGAAAAGCGCAUUUUGGAGCUCUGGUCUCUUUUCAUGCAUCAGGAGAAAGAGAUGGGGAUUUUUGAAGCCGCACCUGCGCACCUGCGAUCUCAAAGUUAUCCCGGUGGAAGAAGUGGAUAGUUUUGCGAAGUAGCUCGCCCUCUUUUCCCUUCCCCGCCUGCAGCCGAGCCAUGCAGGUCAACAACAGCAGCUCCUCUGGAGCUCUGACAGGGCUGUGCGGAGGGGAAGAGGAUGAGCGCAAAAUCUCCGAACUGGUCAGCCCUACGGGAGCAGCCUCCUCUUUUAACCUCUCGUUAAACUGCUGGCUUCACAUACUCUCUCAGGAGUCCUCGUUGGAUCUGCACGGAGACAGCGCAAAUCUGGCAGUACGAGUUGUCAUUGCCCUGGUUUAUCUGGUUGUAUGUGUUCUGGGGCUCGUGGGUAACCUCCUGGCACUCUUCUUGCUUCACUCCCGUCGCCGUGGAUACCACCACUCGUCCAUUGACUGCUUCGUGAUGAGCUUGGCUCUCACAGACCUCCAGUUCGUCCUCACCUUGCCCUUUUGGGCCGUGGACACACUGCUGGACUUCCGCUGGCCCUUCGGCAGGGUCAUGUGCAAAAUCGUGAGCUCGGUCACCACCAUGAACAUGUACGCCAGUGUCUUCUUUCUCACCGCCAUGAGCGUGACACGCUACCGCUCCCUGGUUACCGCUCUGAGGAUGGAGAGCCCAAGGAGCGCCACUGCUCGGGCCAAGUGGGCCAGCUCAGCCAUUUGGGUGGUGUCUCUGGUGGCCACACUGCCUCAUGCUUUCUACUCCACCACUGUCCAGGUUUCUGCAGAUGAUGAGCUCUGCUUGGUUCGCUUCUCUGACUCCGACUCUGGUCACUGGGACCCCCAAGUCCUGCUGGGACUCUAUCAAACACAGAAGGUCCUUCUGGGUUUUGUGGUUCCCCUGAUUAUCAUCUCUGUGUGCUACCUCCUCCUGCUGAGGUUUAUCCUGAGCCGGCGCAUUGUGUGCAGCAUGGUAACCGGGAGUGGCACCGAGAAAUCAGAGUGUGAGAGAGGCCGCCACCGCCGCCGAUCCAAAGUGACCCGCUCCGUCACUAUCGUAGUUCUGUCCUUUUUCAUCUGCUGGCUGCCCAACCAGGCCCUCACCUUGUGGGGGGUGCUGAUCAAAUUUGACUUGGUGCCCUUCAGCAAAGCCUUCUACAACACCCAGGCCUAUGCGUUCCCCCUGACUGUGUGCCUGGCUCAUGCUAACAGCUGUCUGAACCCAGUGCUUUACUGCCUGAUCAGAAAAGAGUACAGAACUGGCCUAAAGGAGCUUCUCCUGAGAAUUUCUCGUGCAGUGCAGCAUGUUUUCUCUCUGUCCCUGAGGGGAAGGAGAGUGGAGGAAGCACCACCCAGCAUGGUUAUGAUACACAAAGACAUUAAUAUGUGAUUUAUUCAGAGCAAGAGAAUAGCCUGACAUUUUUGGAAACACAGUUAUAUGUAUUUUGAUUGUGUGUGCUUCAGGGGUGCUGAAAGGCGAAUUUGGUCACUUUCUGUACUAAACCAGGCUAGCUGUUUCCAUCUCUCCCCAGUCUUUGUGCUAAGCUAGGCUAUCCGCCGCUGAUUGUAGUGUCAUAAAUAGAACGCACAUCAUCUAAAUGUUAGCAAGAAAGCCACUAAGAAUAUUCUGCCAAAUGUUGAAUGUUUGCUUUGUAAUUCAACUCUGUAUGCCAUAUUUCUUUGGUGCCAUGCGUGACAUAUUAAAACUUAGGCUUUCAUAAUUUUUCUUUGGAUGUUAGCUGCUUCUUACUCAUUUUCAGUAGAGUACUUGAACCUGACCAUUUUCAGAGGAGUGUUUGUUUUCUUUAAGCCACUUAACACUGACCUGUGAAUAACUCGAGCAUAAAAACACAUCUAACUCAAGGAAUAAACCAAUGUUGUGUCUAUACCUAACAGACAAUUAGCAAAGAACUAGUUUAAAUUGUAUCUUUAGCACUUUGUUACUAGCAGGCUGUUGCAAAAACACAUCAUGUGUUCCCAUUUCUUCAGCUGAAGCAAAUAAGACAUUCUUAAGAAAGGAAUACAGCAAGGGAAGGCUGAGGUAUGCCAAAUUACACAAGACUGUUAGAAGAUAGUGCAACAGGUCUUAUGGGGUGAUGAAUUAAUUAAUUUAGCCUGGGCUUUAUAAUAACUCCCCCAGAAGUGUGUCCAGAGGUGGUUCAAGGUUACAGAGUAGUUAGACUUGCUUCUCUGAGAGCUUUGGUUGAAAUCUAGUGACUGGAAAAUUCACAGUGCAUGACUCACAUCAUUUUCAUAUUCAUCUGCAAUUUGGGUGGGGCCUUGUCAACCUUGAAGAUAGCAUAACCUUGUUUAACAAAAGAAUAAAGGUGAAUAAUCCCUACUGGCUGCAAGUGGGAGCAGUGGUCCUAAAGCAUGCCAGCAAAUUGCCCCCCAUAGCAUCACAGAGCCACCAGUUCCUUUUACUGCAGGAGUCAAGGGCUCAUGUUUUUCCUCUAAUGCAGCACCCGUGUGUAUGUUUUAUCUUUGUUAUGCACUUCUGUGAAAAAACUAUUUGCAAAAAUACUGUAAGAGACUUUGGGCGUUAUGUCCAUUGUUAAGCUGUUCAAUCAGCCUGUGGCCUGUUUUUUUUUUUCACUGCUGUUUGAUGUUUGAAUAGAUGAUCUACAAAAUGAUUUGUUUGUACUUUGCAUCUUAAUUCCCCACAGAGACCAUUAUGAGGACUUGUUACAGUUUCAUUAGGAUUAACGUGUGAAAUAUUUCCUUGUGUUAUUGCUGCUAAUUAAUCCACCGCGCAGGAAUCUGCCGGAGAAACUCAUCUCCAGGACAUUUUGGCAUUCACACUCAGUGUUUGAUGCUCGCCUCUGUGUCCGCCGCCCUGUCCUGCUGUGAAUUGUUUUGUGAAUACACGUGUGUGCUGUGACAUUAAAUAAAACAGGAGAACAAGAGU